AUGGGUGACCUGGCCGAAGUUCUUGCUGAGCACGACCAAAACUUCCGAAAAGCACGAUUACCAGCACUCUACAGCGACUUUCGGCCACAGAGAACACUUAAUCCAGAUGGGUAUCGUGCAAAUAUCGUUGCUUGGCAAGGGGCGUUAUCAUGCUUGUUAUUGAGGGGUCUGCUUUCAGGUCGUGGGCCAAAUUCAAGUCUAUUAGUUCUAAAUGUCGAUGAAAAUCUCCCUCACGACUUGGAAAGCAAACGGUUUGGCCAACCCCUCGCCCUAGGGACUGCGAUACGACAGGCCAUAGCUCAUCAAAAAUUCAUUUCUGUCGAAGAAUUCUUACAACCCCAGGCCGCGACCUUUACCCGAAAUCUGAUAUCAUUAUCUUGGAACGCUGCAGAGUGGACCUUCAGACAGUUCGGUAUCAAGGACAAGAUCAGUAACGACGAUAGCGUUCCUAUCGGGCAGUAUGUUAUUAUGAACAAUGUUGAGACAGUUUUCCAAGAAUUUAAGCAGCAGGUUUCUGGGAGGACUUCCCACUUCGAUCGAAUAUUUACUAGAUUACAAUUCCAAUCUUUAUUUGCGUCAACACUGGUGGCUGGUCAGUGUCUCUCAGAGGACGACUUGGAGGUACUCCUCACCUUUUCGUCUAGGGAUAAGGGCUUCAUCGACUAUAGUGACGGCAUAAUACGUAUUCGGAGUUCUUCAGAUGAGUCGGGCAUAGGCCCAGAGGACGUUGCGGUAGCGUCAAUAAAAGAAUUGACUGCGAAUCUUCGACAUCAAACUCUUGCCCUCAACAUGCGAAUCGACUCUCUCACCCGCGAAAUAAAGACCGCACUAGCAAAAAACAACCGGGUUGUUGCGCAGGCUUCACUGAAAUCCAGGAAGCUGGCUGAAUCCUCACUUGCAAAGCGAUAUGCCACACUGAAUCAACUUGAGGACAUAGCUGCGAAGCUUGAGCAGGCAUCGGAUCAAGUCCAGCUUGUUGCCGUCAUGAAAUCAUCUGCCAAUGCUCUACACAGUCUCAAUACCCGUAUUGGAGGCAGUGAUAGGGUGGACCAAGUGAUGGAGCAAAUCCGAGAGCAGAUGUUGGAGGUAGAUGAGGUGGCGGCGAUCUUAGCAGAACCUACAGGAGAAACUAUCGACGAGUCAGAAAUACAGGACGAACUGGAGGCAUUAGAGACCGAAACCCGAGAGGCAGCGCGUUUGGCCAAAGAAAAGGAGGAGGCGGAACACGAGGCUGGCAAAAUCGAAGAAUUGCAAAACGAAUUAGCAAACUUGCCGAACGUCCCCGCUGAAAUUCCUUCAGAAAGUGGCAAAUCAAACACUCGGACGAUUGAGAAACAAGUCGCUAGUCUAUCUCUGGAUCACAGCUAG